GCUCGCUCCAGCUGAGCUAAGAGUAGCAGCAGCAUCGGGGCAGGGACUGAUUCCAGCCCUUGGACUUAGGACAUCGCAGCACCUUCCCUUACGUGCGUGACUCAUUCGCACAUCAUUUCUGUGUAUGCCUGGGGUGGGGAGAAAAAUCCCAAACCAGCUGUGUAAAUGAGUAUGGAAGAUUAUGAUUUCCUGUUCAAAAUUGUUUUAAUUGGCAACGCAGGUGUGGGGAAGACGUGCCUAGUCCGACGAUUCACUCAGGGUCUUUUCCCCCCAGGUCAAGGAGCCACAAUUGGAGUUGAUUUUAUGAUUAAGACAGUGGAGAUUAAUGGUGAAAAAGUAAAGCUACAGAUUUGGGAUACAGCAGGUCAAGAGAGAUUUCGGUCCAUUACCCAGAGUUAUUACCGAAGCGCCAAUGCCUUGAUCCUCACUUAUGACAUUACCUGUGAGGAAUCCUUCCGUUGCCUUCCUGAGUGGCUGCGGGAGAUAGAACAAUAUGCCAGCAACAAGGUCAUCACUGUGUUAGUGGGCAACAAGAUCGAUCUGGCUGAAAGGAGAGAGGUCUCCCAGCAGAGAGCUGAGGAAUUCUCAGAAGCUCAGGACAUGUAUUAUCUGGAGACCUCUGCCAAGGAAUCUGAUAAUGUGGAGAAACUCUUCCUUGACUUAGCGUGCCGACUCAUCAGUGAAGCCAGACAGAACACGCUUGUGAACAAUGUGUCCUCACCCUUACCUGGAGAAGGGAAAAGCAUCAGCUAUUUGACUUGUUGUAAUUUCAACUAAAGGCUGAGGCAAGGAAAAGCAAAAGGAAUCAGCAGCUGUCCUGAUGGGCCACAAGUUGCUGGGGCGAUCUGGCGAUGACUGUGGCUCCUGCUCUCGGACCUUCUGACUCCUGUGGGCUCCUGAGCUUACAAAGCAUGGCAGGCCAAUGGCCUCGUCCACAGGCCAGCAUUAGCAGAAUAUAUAAUGGUUUCAUCCUUUUGCAGUCUGGAGUUGGAGCAAGGAGAAAAUUGCACUAGGCACUCCAUGAUCUGCAGAGCAUGUUGCUUUUGUUUUUUUAAAAAGCAAGUAAAAGUGCAUUCCUGAACACAGUCCAGGGGGGAAUGUACCAUAGGGACCCCUCCUGCACGUCAAUAGGUGCAUGUGGGAGCUGUUCUGUAGGGCUUCAGUGGUCAUCUUCCAGGGCCCUGGUUUUCUUGUCUACCAGAUAAACGAAAACUGGGAAGGCCAAGUACUCUGUGGUGCAUACUGAUAAUCCCACGGAGAUUUUGAAAAGUGUUGUUUCUCUUGUCCACAGGCACUUUCAAGAACUUGGGGAUGUAAAAAUGAAAUGAAACCUUUACCCAUGACCAACAGUAAUAACAAUCAUUGUUUUAAUAAUAUAUACAAGCUCCAUGACUCCUUUUGGUGCUAAUGAUUCCACUAUUUCACAGACCAAAUGUUUUAGUACAUUGAUGUCCUUAAAUGUAUUACAUAGAAAUUAAAAAAAAAAAAAAAUAGGGGGGAAGUCCAUGAAUCAGUACUCUUCUCAAAGUCUCAUUACCACCUUUUCUAGGGUGGAUUUGUUGGACAAGAGAAUACUUCUCCUUUCAUGUUCCCCUCUAAAUCUCUACGAUUUUUUUCUAUUCUCUCAUCUUUCUUGCCUUUUAAGUAAAUGAAAAAGUUUGAAAAAUGAAAAAAAAAUACAAAUCAUUGAUGAUAUUCUAAUAUAAAAGAUUAGCUCUAAGACAUUAUGAGCAGCAUGAGAAAACAGAGCAGAUAUGACCAAAAUACUGUGGAUUAAUGGACUGCAGUGCAGGGUUCCAAGCAGAGCACAGUCCUUGAUAGCAGAUCACAUCUUUUACUUUUGGUACUAUCCAUCUUGGACAGACCAAUGCUUCGGAUUUUGUAGACGUUUUUAGUAUAAUAAGUGAGAAUAGCAACAGAUAGAAAGUCUCACAAACAAUUUUUGUAUCUUCAAUAAUAACCAUAGAAGAAUUCUGCUUGUGGAAGCAGGUUGAGCUGUCGUUUAUCACCUCCUUGUAAUAAUGUUAUUCUCAGACGUGUGACCAUAUAUUCUUUCCUGUUUCUUUCUCUUUUCCUCUCUCUCUUUUUUGGUCUCACCCUUCUGUCCUUCUUUUCUCCCUCCGUCACCCCCUCCGUCUCUCCCAUCCUUAUAUGCAUGUGUUAUUGCAGAUCUCCAAUUCAAAUGGAGAUGUGGAUGCCUUUACUUAGCCAAUUUAAAAACAGGACUUAAAAUGGAAGAUGUGCUGCUCAAUAUGUGUUAUUUCUUCAGUGCCAUACUUUGAUACCUUCCAAUUUGUUCACUGAUACAAAUGCAUAUUGGGAAAAUAAUUAAACCUGUAUGCUGUUGAUGCUGUCAGAUAUUUCUUAGCUGCUUAGCAUAACUGAGGGAUGAGCAAUGGAAUUAGGAUGUGAUAUGUAAUUCCACUGUUGCUGUAGAUGGUGACAAUCUCGGUCCUGAUAUGUUAAUGUUUGAAAGCUAUUUAAUUGUAAAGAAAUGAGUCAUGUAGAGACAUGGUAUUGAUAAAGCAUUUCUAGCAUUAUUCUAGCAGGUUUCAGAGUGACCAUUCUCUUACACAUGGUAUUGUACAUAUUGUUUAAGGGACUGAUAAUUAUGGUUGGCCUCAUUGUGUUUUUUUCUGAUCCUGUGGGAAAGAGAAGGGGAUGGUAGAAGUUUGAAUUGCUUUUCUUUUAGAAUCUGUUUCUACAAGAAAGAAAAAUAACUUUAAUAAAAACCAAAAUAAUUUAUAAUAAUUGUUGCCUUUCCCUCCCAUCUUCUCCACUAGGCCACCGUCAACUAAAAGUAUCUAGAAAAACGAGUUAAUCAAGGUGGCAGAAGAACUUCUCUUUUUAAACUGUGAGGACAUGUCCCUAAGUUUAAAUUUAUUAAAUUUCAUUUAGAGCAAAAGUCCAAUGUUCCCACCACAUGAUGACCCAAAUUUGACCCAUGGCAAAAAAUGUGUUGAAAGUAAGGUUGCUUUGUGAACUUAGAGGAAAGGGCUUUGUUAAAUUGGAUUAAUUUAGUUGCAAAAUAACAGCUUCUAGGGCCACACUUGUAAUUAUGAAAUUUUUAUUUUCUAGGGCUUAGCCUCUUCUAUCUACACUUGGUCAGAUGCAGAAGGGGCUUAGAAAGCUCUGCUUUUGGCUCCUUUCUUCCCUGUUACUCCUGCCAGCCUUUCUGUAGCUUAUAGUCACCCAUCCAUGGCCCACCAGCAGGGACAC